CAUAUCCUUCCUCUCGUCCGCAGUCGCCGUGCAAGCACCAUUGUUGAAACAUGGUGAGAGUCAGCGUGCUGAAUGAUGCUCUUAAGAGCAUGUACAAUGCUGAAAAGAGGGGGAAGCGACAGGUCAUGAUAAGGCCUUCCUCAAAAGUCAUUAUUACGUUUCUUCUAGUUCUAGUGAUGCAAAAGCAUGGAUACAUCGGAGAGUUCGAGUAUGUAGAUGAUCACAGAUCUGGUAAAAUUGUGGUUGAAUUGAAUGGAAGGUUAAACAAGUGUGGCAUGAUUAGUCCUCGUUUUGAUGUUGGUGUUAAGGAUAUUGAGAGUUGGACUGCUAGGUUACUUCCAUCAAGACAGUUUGGAUACAUAGUGCUGACUACAUCACCUGGAAUCAUGGAUCACGAGGAAGCCAGAAGAAAGAACGCGGGAGGAAAAGUUCUUGGUUUCUUCUACUAGUAUGAUUGUUCUAGGCUGGUUGUGUUCGCAUGUAUCUCUACCUAACCAUUC